AAAACCAAUACAGAUUGAUUUUGGAUGCUUGAUUCAGUUGGAAAGAUGACUAAACCUUUCUCAGCUCGUUGUAUUCUGCUUAUCCUCCUCAUUGCCGCAUCAGUGAGUACAAUAAUUAUACCAGAGGUGGAAGGAGCCAAAGGAGGAGGGUUUUUUUGCUGCGAAAAUCUGUUUAGAUGCGGCCCAGCUAGAGAUGACCCCAAUUGCCUCAAAAAUUGCAUAGCAAGACAUACAGGGCCUUCGGACCGUCCCUUCGGUUUUUGUGAACUUAACAAAAAUUGCCUCUGCCUUUGGGAAUGCGAUGAGGGUGAUGCAGAAUGCCGCAGAUCGAUCUUGAGCGAUCAACCGUGAUUAUAUCUCCCAAUAAAAAUAAUACUAC